UUCGCCAAAAAUCAAUUGUCCUCAAAUAUAAUCUAUACCUAAAAUCACACUCCACCACACCUCACCCACACCCACACGCAUCCCAUAUAUAAACUCCUCAAAACCCUAGUUUUCAUUUCCUCAGUGCGGCGCCGAUCCGUUUCCCCUCCUUUCGCCAUUCCACCCCUCUCCCCACCGCAAAAAUGACCACCAGAUUCAAGAAGAACCGCAAGAAGCGCGGCCACGUUAGCGCCGGUCACGGCCGUAUCGGGAAGCACCGCAAGCAUCCCGGAGGUCGCGGAAACGCCGGAGGCAUGCACCACCACCGCAUCCUCUUCGACAAGUACCAUCCCGGUUACUUCGGCAAGGUCGGUAUGCGCUACUUCCACAAGCUGCGCAACAAGUUCUUCUGCCCCACCGUCAACAUCGACCGUCUCUGGGCGUUGGUGCCGCAGGAGGUGAAGGACAAGGCUUCCAAAGAUAACGCGCCCGUCAUCGACGUCACGCAGUUUGGCUACUUCAAGGUCUUGGGGAAGGGAUUGCUCCCUGCCGACAAGCCUGUCGUAGUGAAGGCGAAGCUGGUGUCGAAGAACGCCGAGAAGAAGAUCAAGGAGGCUGGCGGUGCCGUCGUGCUCACUGCUUAAGUUAGGUUGAUUAGCUUCUGUUUUUUGAUCUUAUGACUUUUGUUAUCGCAGGAGGGAUUUUUAAUUGAGUUUUUUUUUUCUCUAUAUAAUUUCAUAUAUGUUUUUGUUUGACUUCGCAUUGGCUAUAAAUCAAUUUGAGGAUCUAUUUAAUUGCUGAUUUGAUA